AUGUUUGCAAGAGGAAUAAGGAGAAAAUGUUUUGAUGGUGAAGAAGAUAUUGAAGGGACCCUGGCUGGUUUUAAGUCUGUUCCCUCAUAUAAUCUUUAGCGGCAAUCACUUUUAGACGUGUCUUUGGUAAAUAUUCAGUUGUGCCACAUGCUUGUUGAACCUAAUCUGUGUCGAUCGGUUCUUGUAGCAAAUACUGUAAGACAAAUUCAAGAAGAAAUGACCCAGGAUGGAACUUGGCAAGUGAUAAAUGCUCAGGAUGCAGGACAGGCUUCUCUUGAUCGCCUAGUAUCAUCAGAUGUACUUUGUUGUUCAACAAAAGAACAGGACUUUGAAGAUAUCCAGUCCCAAGAUAUUAUUUCUGACCUGUCCACGAUUGCAUCAGUACAAGCUCCAAGAAAUCCUCAAAGUAAUGUUUGGGAAAUGGAGAACCCUCAAGAAAAUAGGGGAAACUUUCAGAAGUCACUAGAUCAAAUAUUUGAAACAUUGGAGAACAAGAAUCCUAAUUCUGUAGAAGACUUAUUUUCAGAUGUUGACGAUUCUUAUUAUGAUCUUGAUACAGUAUUAACAGGAAUGAUGAGCAACACAAAAAUGGGACAUUGUGAAGUGCUUGAGAGCUUUUCAUCUCAAACAUCCACAAAUUCUAACUCAAAUUGUAAAUCUGAUAUAAAUGAGCUUGACCAUAUUGUGGAAAUCCUUGUUGAAUCUUGAAAUGGUUAAAUACAAAGCAUGAUUCUUUGAAGA